AUGUCUCAGCAGAAGCAGAAGCAGUGUGCUCCCCCCCAGCAGUGCUGUGCUCCACCCAAGCAGUGCUGCCCUCCCCCCCAGCAGUGUGCUCCCCCCCAGCAGUGCUGCCCUCCACCCCAGCAGUGUGCUCCCCCACAACAGUGCUGCCCUCCCCCCCAGCAGUGUGCUCCCCCCCAGCAGUGCUGCCCUCCCCCCCAGCAGUGUGCUCCCCCACAACAGUGCUGCCCUCCACCCAAGCAGUGCUGCCCCCUGCCCCAGCAGACCAAGCAGCCUUGCCAACCUCCACCCAAGUGCCCACCCCCUCAGCAGUGCAAGAAGUCCAAGCAGAAGUAA